CUCUUAGCUUAUUGUUGUGUCUAUAAAUAUAGUAAGUAGCAUAAUUGAAUCCCAAAGCUAAGUGAGCAUCUUAAGAGAAGAUUCCAUUUGGAGGUCCCGUGUUGAAGAUGAUGAGCCUGUUGGAAGAUUCUGGAAAUCUGGAAGCUCUAACUUUGAAUUACUUUGCUAUCAACAACUUAUGGACAUGGCUUGCCGUUAUAACCGCUGCUCUAAGCUUCUGGAAGAUUCGUGUCUCCGCUAACUCUCCUCACCUCACGGACCUUCACGCUGUCCCUCAGCACCCACCUCAUGAUCAUCGUGAUGACCCGCCGUCUGUCCCGACUCUUGUUUUUGGAGACGUUGACGUUGACGGACCCACAAAAGGGAAGUUUACCGUGUAUUACGAGGACGAUGAUGACGUGGCACGCGAGAGCCACCAGGAGUUAUUAACGGAGUGGCACGGCGGCUGCGAGUCGGAGUGGUGGGAGAGUUGGGAACGGUUGUUGAAGUUGAGAGUUGGAGAGAACCAGAACGGUUGGUACACGUGGCAGGAUUUAACGGCGAUUAACGGCAACGUUGUUAGAUUAUGGGACGGAGAGUUCCCGUUGAAGAACAGGCAACACGUUCAUGUAUGGUAAUAAUGAGAGAUGAAUUAAUCAUUUAGAUUAAUAAUGAGAUGUAUGUAUGGGUUAAUAAUUAGAUUAUUAAUUAGGAUCUCUCCAUCAACAGCGAGAGAUUAAUAAUAUGUAUAUAUGUUGCAGCACUGGAUUUGGAUUAAAUCUAUUUGCUUCUUAAUUA